UCUGACCAAAAAUCCAAAAAUCCAGGCUAAAGCAAAAUUCAUAGACAGUAACAGGGCUGCCAGCCAUAGCAAGCAUCCCAGCUGUGGCAACCAGGACCAACUUGUGGACUCCUCAGCUGAGGCCUUUUUUCCCUUUCAGUCUACUUCUGUGCUCUUCAAGCCUGACUCAUGCCCCUCUCUGCUACCCUCAUAGCAGUCAUCCUGUAAGUCCCCACUUUUGUUCACGCCUCAAGGUUUCUGUGAGCUCUCCUCAUCCCACCUUCCUGGAGUCUGGGGACUUUCCCAAAAUGACCCCCAGCCCUGUGAUUCUGAGCAUUGUGGUGUCAGUCACUGCAUGACCUUAGGCAGAGGCAGGAUGCAAAGACAGGGUGCAAAGAGGAGUGGGCACUAGAUCCACGUUUGCCCCAGCGCUCUGAGGCGGCCACAGAGCCCAAAUUUCCUGCCACUCGACUGGCUCUGCAGAAUUUUGACAUGACCUACAGUGUGCAAUUUGGGGAUCUUUGGCCAUCGAUCCGGGUCAGUCUCCUCUCAGAGCAGAAGUAUGGUGCACUGGUCAAUAACUUUGCUGCCUGGGAUCGUGUGAGUGCUGAGCUGGAGCAGCUGAGUGCAAGGGACUUCGUGAAUGAAGCUAUCUUCCACGGGGAACCAGAACCUGAGAAUGGCCAAACUGCAGCUCCACCCCCUGCCUCCUGGGCCUGCAGUCCAAACCUUCGAUGCUUCACUUUCGCCAGAGGGGAUGUCAGCCGUUUCCCUCCUGCCAGGCUUGGCAGCCUGGGUGUCAUGGAUUACUACCUGAUGGAUGCUGCCUCCUUGCUGCCUGUCCUGGCCCUCGGCCUGCAGCCUGGUGACACUGUGCUUGACCUGUGUGCCGCCCCUGGGGGAAAGACACUAGCAUUGCUUCAGACUGGCUGUUGCCGCAAUCUCGCUGCCAAUGAUCUCUCCACUUCACGAGCAGGCAGACUACAGAAGGUCCUUCACAGCUAUGUGCCUCAAGAUGUCAGGGAUAGGAAUCGAGUUCGAGUCACAUCAUGGGAUGGAAGGAAGUGGGGAGAACUGGAGGGGGACAUCUAUGACCGGGUUUUUUCUCUAGUUGCGGAGAUCCAAGCAGUAUGGAUCCUGGCGGAGUCCUGGCUCUAUCACUUAUCAGCCAGAGAAGUUUGGGUGCUGGUGGAUGUGCCCUGUACAACAGACCGCCACUCCCUUCAUGAGGAGGAGAACAACAUCUUUAAGCGUUCAAGGAAGAAGGAGCGGCAGAUGUUGCCUAUGUUGCAGGUGCAGCUUCUUGCGGCUGGACUCCUUGCCACCAAACCAGGAGGCCACGUUGUCUAUUCCACCUGCUCACUCUCACACUUACAGAAUGAGUAUGUGGUGCAAGGCACCAUCGAGCUCCUGGCCAAUCAAUACGACAUCAAGGUUCACGUGGAAGACCUGACUCACUUCCGAAAGCUUUUCAUGGACACAUUUUCUUUCUUCCCAUCCUGCCAGGUUGGGGAGCUGGUAAUCCCAAACCUCAUGGCCAAUUUUGGGCCUAUGUACUUUUGCAAAAUGUGUAGAAUGACGUAGCAUCACCCUGUUCCUGAAGUCCUGUUGUAAGAAGACAAAGGGUGUACUCUUGUGGAGACGAGUGCCAGAGAUGCACUCUGGCCUAUCUCCAUCCCAUUCAUGUCUUUCUGUAGACAGUUUUCAGCAGUAGGAAGUAAGAGUUUUUCUGUCCUGCUGUCCAAUUGUGGAGUAUCAGCACGUUUCUAACUCACUUACACCCCACUUCCAACCCCAACUCCCCAUCUCUGAGCCUGUGCUAAAGGUUCCUGCCCCAUUAGGGGCUUAGGAGGAGGAACCAGUGAGCAGGGCCACUCUUUAAGCUGUAAACUUGGGAAGAAGCAUUUAGCCAAUAAAAUUGUUGAAGCUACAUGGAGCUGGGACUGUAGUUGGGGGGCCUCAUGUCAGUCCAAGUAGUGUUAGUUCCUUUUGUACCCAGGUACCCAAAGCACAGGACCUCAGCCUGGUUACAGACCUCUGGUUACAGAGCCCGUCUCACACUUGAGGUGAGUUCUGCAUGAUAAGUCUUGAGCAGCUGAAGGGCUUAAACAAGCCUACCAAGUUUCUCCAUAUGUCCCAUGAUCUAAUUUAAGGAACAAGUAACUAAAAUGUUAAGCCAGUGCAUAAUAAUCUGCUUACUUACUUUGAGAAAGCUCUCUUGAGCUGAAUAAUUCCAGCCAUUCCUCCUGCUGUCAACAGCACUGUUUCCCAAAUGUGGCUGGGAAGAGGUCUAGUGGCUCCUGUGGCUCCUGUGCUCUAGAGCCUGUGAGCCACAGCUACUGAGCCUACAUGCUACAACUACUGAAGCCCACGUGCCUAGAGCCCAUGCUCCGCAACAAGAGAAGGCACCGCAAUGAGAAGCCCGGGCACUGCAAUGAAGAGUGGCCCCCACUUGCUGCAACUAGAGAAAGCCCGUGCGCAGCAGCAAAGACCCAACACAGCCAAAAAUAAAUAAAUUUUAAAAAAAUUUAAAAAAAAUUUUAAAAAAAGAAUGUUCAUAGUAACCCUGGUCACAAAAGCAAACCCAAAUGCCCAUGAGAGUGGACAAAUAAAAUGGAAUAUUCACACAGUGGAACACUAUACAGGUGUCAAAACAAAUGAGCUACAAUAACACAUAACAAUAUGAAUGAUGCUUAGCAAAAAUAUAUUAAAUGAAAAGUUUAGUCCCAAAGAUUAGAUGUAGCAUGAUGCCCUUUAAAAAUAAAACUUUAUUCUUUUUUGUUGUUAUUUACAUACGAUAUAAUUUAUCAUUUUAAAUGUACCAUUUAAAUGAAUUUUGAUAAUUCAUUAUAGUAGUAUAGCCAUCAUCACCAUCAAAAUAUAGAAAAUAAUUCCAUCUUCUAAAAAGUUUCCUUGUGCUCCUUUGCACUUAAUCCCCUUCUCCCACUCCUGGUCCCAGGUAAUCACUAAUCUGCUUUCUGUCACUACAGUUUUGCCUAUUCUAGAAUUUCACAUUAUGGAAGAGAGAGUUGAUUUACAGCUGGAUUGCAAAGGCUGUGUCUUUAUCUGGAUGUCUGUUUUUUCACUCUUGGCCGAGGUAAGGGCAUUGGUAUUUCUAAUGUGCUAUUUAACUCUGAAGCUCCCCUGACUCCCAAGGUCACUUUCUUUGCUGACGGUUUACAGCUGGCCUAACUAAUUACAUGUGUGUGGCUUGACUACAUGGCCAGAGUAGCAUAAAAAAGAUCUGAGCUCUCCCACAGCCAAGAUUCCCCACACAGAUCAUGGAGAUUCAAUCCAAAGAUAGAGUACUUUGCUUCACAUCCUUGCUAAUACUUGGUAUGAUAAAUUUUAAACUUCACAUCCUGUCCCAAUGCAUUAUAGCUUUGCUACUUCCUUCACCAAGACACAGUGUCUCUUUCCUCACCCCUUGAAUCUGGGCUGACUGUAUGAUUUGCUUUGACCAGUGAAAUUUGGUGGAAUGAAUGUGAGUAAAUUCUAAGCUUAGGCCUCAAGAGGCCUUGCAGCUUUCAGUCUCACCUUGGAACUUUUCUACUGCCAUGUGAAGAAGCAUGUGAUGGACACCAAGCUAAGACCUUCUAACCUCAAUUAAGUGGUUAAAUGACCCAAACUGCAUAAGUGACUCCAGUCAAGACUAGCUUAGCUUGCUGAUUCCCAGAAUCAUGAGUAAUUAAAAUGGUUGUUUUUAAACCGCUGAGUUUUGGGGGUGGUUUGUUACACAGCAACAAAUAAUUGACACGUGUGGAAAACCCAAAUCUGACUGUCAUUUACCUGCUUACAAUCCUUUGUUCUCUCUGCAUUGCCUGCAGGAUCAAGUCCAAACUCUGCCCUGGCCCCUGGUUGUUGAUUCUAUCUCUGCUAUCCCCCAAUGCUCCCUUCUCUCACAAGUUCUUUGUGUAUCCCAAGCAUAACCUGUCCCCUGGUGCCUCUGUAUCAUGACACAUUGUCUUCUCUGUCUAAAUGCCCUUUUCUCUCUGUUCGUGCUAGCCCAGAUUUCCACCCCCUCCAGGAAGCUUUCUCUGAUUUUCUAAAGCAGACUGCGUUGUUCCCUUUUCUGUGCUUCCCCAGCCCUCUGUAUAUAUUAUGAAUAUAACACUUCCCUUGUGUGCUUUCUCUCCUCACCCCAUCCCCAAACUGAGAAUUAUUCGGGGCAGAAAGCUAGUAUCUUGCAUCUCUAACCCCCCAGCACCAAUGUGUUUGGUACAUAAAAGGCAUGAGUAGAGACUGAGUAUCUCAUAUGUGCUAGGCCUCAUCCAAGAUACUAGAGAGAGGGGUGAUCAGAAUGGACAAGGUCUUUGUUCUCAAGGGAUGUACAAUCUAGUGGGCAAGAAAGAUAAGAAAUUACAGAUGAAUUACAACUAAAUGACAAGUGAGCAAAGUACUGAGAGAAGUGUACAGUGCGUAUACCUGGGAGACCUAACGUAGCCUGGAGGAAGACAUGUUCAAACAGACCUGGGGAUGAGGAGGCGGUAGAUUAGUGAGGCAGAGGAGGAGGUUGUGUGUGUGUGAGGGCUGUCCUCCAGCAGAGAUAACAGGCUGUGUGACUGAAGCUCCUGAGGCUGGAGAGAUAGACUCCGGGACCUGAAAGAGGUCUAGUAUGUUGCAAUACAGAGAGAAGGGGAUGCUUGUGAAAUAUGAGGUCAGAGAACAGGCAGAAGUCAACGGCACCAGGGAUGGCAGGCUCUGAAGGAGUGAGUACUUGGAGUAAUUGGAAGCCAAUGCAGGAGUUUUAAGCUGGAAAGUGACCUGAUCAGAUUUCCAUGGGCCUCCCGCUGGGAGUAUGGUUAUCAAUAGUAUUUGCUGAAUGAGGAAGUUAAAUAACUGAUUCAACAGAAAAUGCUUCUGAAGGUCAGUCCAAUACUUAAGCUUCCUCAGCCCUCCCCUGUCUGAGUAAAGGGAGCUGUUGAAUUCCCUGCUGUUCAGACUGAAGUUUGAGGUGACCCACUAGGAGGCACACUGACAAAGUCAGGUGUACCUGGGAGGGUGACCAGGAUGGAGAGGAAACUGAAAGUUCCAUCCUGGGAAGAAGAACUGGGAGCAUUAAGCCAGGAGACAGCUGUUCUCUUGCUCUCUAUGCAUUCCCUGCUCAACCAGUGCCUGCUUCACCUGCACCCUACUCAUCUGACUGACCUUCCUACAUGCUUGCCCCAGGCCCUAGCUAAUGAUUGUUCUAACUUUAGCCACCGUGAUAGCUUAUCAUAGGAGUAGUGAGAGGUGUGCCCUUCUGAUGGUUUCCCUGGUAACCAAUAAGCCAACCUAACAUCAAUUCCCCCUAUAACUGGUAACCUACACCUACCCCUGGGAGUGAAGACUGCCACCAAGUCUGGCCCCGCCAAGUCCAGCCCUGCUGCAGAGGGGUUUCACUCCAGGACCUUGCACAGACAUGUAAGCUCCCUCUAUCCAUUAAACCGCUGACGUCUCUGUUGCUGAAAGAGAGAGAGAGAGAGAGAGAGAAUGAGAGAGAGGAGAGAGAGAGAGAAUGAGAGAUACCUGUAUCUAAACAGGACUGUUCUGAGGCAGGGGGUGCAGGUGUGUUUUGAGUGUCUCCAGAGUCAGUAGAGCUGGGGUCAGUAGAAGAAAGCUGUAGUGAGCCAGAUUGCAGAUCAAUAGAAAACCUUUAAACUAGUGCUUUCUGGACUGUGGUUCACAACCAUAAUUCAUUCGUGGUCAUGGAAUCAGUUUUGUGCGUAUGGUAGGCAUUAGGAUUUUUCAGAGAUAGCUAGUUAGUUAUUCCUCUUCCUGAAGGAAAGGUUACUCCUCUUCCUCAGGAGAGUUGCCUUCCCCACUGCCUCUGUAGUUGGGCAUGGCUAUGUGACUUGCUUUAUGAAAUAUUAGUAGAAGUGGUGUCUUUCUUCCACAUUUCUGGAUGGAAGCGUUGAGAGUGAACAUCAGGUUUGCCGUGUCAUUCCCACUACAGUGACCAUGGAAACAUACGUUGAGAUGGAACUUACAUCAGCCUGAGUGCCUAAGUGACUUUGUUGAGCAGAACCCCCUGUGCACCUGCAUUAGACAUGGGGCGAGAGUGAAAAAUAACUGCCAUGUUCAGCCUCUGAGAGUUUGUGUUGUUACUGAAGUAUAACUUGGUCUCUCUCUCUUUUCUCCUCUUUUUUU